AGAUUCAAUUUUUUAAACAUUAACCAGCACACCACAAGCAGGACGUGGAUCGUUUUACUUCGUAUCGAUUAUUAAUAAGCAGUCCCUACCAUCACUCCAUCAAAAUUCUCUCACCAAAAUUCUAGACUGCAUCAGCAAAUCCUCGAUAAUGAGUUCCGAUUCGACACCAAAUCCAUCAAACACAACCCAAACCCAAAUCCACCCCAAAGAAUCCAACUCUGAAACCGCCGCUGCUACUGAUGCAGCCGAGUAUGCUCCCUACCCGAAACUGGAGCCGGACGACGUCGCUCCAGUAGCCGAUACUUGGAGCUCCGCCCCCACUCACGCCGCCACCACCGGUUCAAACCCUUUCGUCUCCACCGAUCCUGUGCCCCCCUCUCCGAUCAAGAAUAAUGUGGAGAAGGUGAAGGAUGUGUUGGGUAAAUGGGGAAAGAAGGCUGCCGAAGCCUCUAAGAAGGCUGAAGACUUGGCUGGGAACAUGUGGCAGAACUUGAAAACAGGACCAAGUAUCACAGAUGCUGCUGUUGGAAGGAUAGCACGGGGCACCAAGGUUUUGGCAGAAGGUGGAUAUGAAAAGGUCUUUCAGAAUACAUUUGAAAAUGCCCCAGAAGAAAAGUUACUGAAGUAUUAUGGAUGCUACUUAUCUACUUCUGCGGGUCCUGUUGCUGGAGUAAUCUAUUUGUCAACUGCAAAAGUAGCAUUUUGCAGUGAUGAUCCUCUUUCAUACAAGGUUCCUGAAUCAGAGGAGGUUCGUUGGAGCUAUUACAAGGUGGUUAUCACGUUGCAGCAACUGAAAGCGGUUAAUGCUUCAACAAGCAAAACAAACCCAGUUGAGAAAUACAUCCAGAUCAUUUCUGUGGACAAUCACGAAUUCUGGUUCAUGGGAUUCGUGAACUACGAUAGUGCAGUGAAAAAUUUACAAGGUGCGUUGCAAGCUCAUCAGUCGUAACUAUUUUUCAAAGACUAUCGAAUAUCGUAUCGUGUGCUGUGUUUGGAGUCUUUGGAAGGCGAAUGUGGUUGAAGAUUGAUUUGUUGCAUAUAAGCCGUUAAGGUCAUGUUUGUGUACGUGCUAGCAGCAUUUCUUCAUUUGACGGAAUAAAUAGCAGAAUGUAAUGUGGUGUAAAUGAUUUUCCUCCUUGUUUCCCCACUAUCGGUUUUCUACUUCAAAAUAGUUCAUUGAAUUUUAUAAUAUCGUGAGGAAUCUGAUGAUGUAAUAUUGACAAUAGAUUGAUAUGGUUGUAUUUUAUAGACAAUAUUGUUCGUGUAUCAAUCGAAUUCUUUUUAUUUUAAUAUUA